CCUCUCAUAUAUAUCGGCGCUGGAAACGGCUGAGAUGGACACGGCGAUUGGUUCUGCCACCCAGUGUAGCGAUUGGCAGUGACUGUAUGUGGGCGGGGCCCGGGUAAUGCAGAAAGAGUUUGAAAUAAAUUAUUAAACCAUCAUGGACCUUCCUUCAUUGGUGAAGAAACUUGGUCAUCACCUUAUAGAGAUUAGAGAGAGAGCACUUAAAAACAUAAUUUGCAAACUGGACCAUAAUCUUCUGACACUUGAGGAUCUUGUCCAGGAGAAGUCAUUAUUUCUAUGUCUUCUGGAAUGGUUUAAUUUCCCUACAGUUCCAAUGAAGAAGGAAGUUCUACAGCUUCUAAAUAAAUUGGUAAAGCACUCUUUAGCAGCUCAGUGGUUGAUUGACAUGGGUGCCGUGGAUUUCUUCUCUCAACUGAGACCAAACAUAGAGCCAAAUCUUCAAGUUAUAGUGGAUGAUAUUUUGGAUGGUCUUUUCCUUCUUCCCACUGAAAUGCCCUGCAAUCCUGUAACUUCACCUGAUAUCGUGUCCUGGCCCGUACAAGAUUAUUUAGCUAUACAGCAACAAGAAGAAAUAGCUGUUGGCUAUUUUCAGCCAGACACAUUAAGGCUUCAACCUCCACAAACCCACCCAGAAGAAACAAAAGGACAUGGCAGUAAAGCAACAUGUUUGAAGUUCUCCACAUUUCCUUGGUUGACGUUAACAACAACUGAUAAGCAUGUGCUUUCAUCAAACGAAUGCUCACUGAAAAGCAAAAACCACAGCUUAAUCUGGAGAAGUUGCCAGCUACUACAGGAUGUUGUUAUGGAAGAUUUUCCGGCUGAAAUCUUUCUUCAAAGACCAAAGAUUGUGAAGAGCCUUCUGUCUCUGCUUGGUCUUGCAUCUGAAAAAGAUGGGCAACGGUAUUUGGCUUUCCAAUCUGCCUCGUGUCUGUACCACUUAUGUACGCAGUUAAGAAGCAGUCUAAACUUUCACAGAGACCCUGGGUUUUUGAGUACAAAACAAGAAGCUAUUUCCCAGAACUCUUCUGUAUCCUACUACACUCCAGCAACUCGUAAUUCCCAAAAUCCUUCUCCUGAAAUUGAGCAUCUGCGGCCUUCAGUGGUGGGGCGUACUAGCCAACGACUUAGUGGGGAUGGUCAAGAUUUGGAUGCUACACCCUCUAGUGGUAACAGUAUUCAAGCUCAUGCAAAUCCUCGGACAUCACAUUGGUCCCCAUUGGACAGAGGCAAUUUGGACCCUCCAGAAGUUGAAAAUGAAGAUACAUUAGAUCUACAGUUUCAACAGCUCAGUCUUCCUCAAUUCUGUGUGUUAGUUUUGGAAAGUGCUGCACCACUACUAAAGUCAGAAAGACAGAAACCUGUAAUGCUCAUUCUUGAACUGCUUAGAGAAGAUUUGCUAUUGCUUGGCGAUGCCAUUUCGGAAAAUGUUUGGGAAGAUGCAAGUCUCAUAGGACAAGAACUGAGAUGUAAACUGCUUUUAGUGCUUGAUACACUUGGGGAGGCUAUAUUGUAUCAUAAAAAUAACAACAGUUCUGAGAAGCCUGACUCUUCUCUUGUGAACCACAGAAUGGCAUUUAUCAGCAUUUCUCUUUUUACAAUGCGACUGCUGCAAACACUUCUCCCUGUGGAAAAGGCAAGUGAUGUCCUGCCGGAGAGCUUGAUGAAUGCUUUGUUUCUAAUAUCUCUUGAUCUGCCGUUUCGUAUUGCGUAUCCCAGUGUUCAUGAGUCUGUUAUAGCUUUUAUGGAGCAGCUGAAUUCCGAGGACUAUGGGGUUUAUAAACAAACUUUGGAGACCGUCUAUUCAAUUGAAUGUGCAGCAUCCUUUAUGUCUUGUUCUAGCAAGGAGGGUCCAAACUUUUUAGAACUGGUGGAACUUACUGAAAAGUCUCUUGUUAGUCUUCCUUACCACAAACAUUUCCAGCUGAUUGGAAAAUUCAUCCGCAUUUGCUCAGACAUCUAUAAUUCUGCACAGAGUGGCCCUGUACUGCUGGAGGAGAGUCAGAAAGUACUGCUGCGCCUGAUGUCCCACUGGAUGCCUGCUGUGAGAUCAGAGACUUAUAAAUAUUCUCUUGACAUUGUUAAGGAUUCAUUAGGAAUUCACAAUGUCACCAAGCCUGUAUCCACAAUUUGCCAUGGUAUAAAUUUUCUUCUUCAGCCAAGAGUUCUCUAUGAAAUCUGUACAUUUGGCUUACAGGAUCCCAACAGUGAGAUUUCUUCUGCAGCCAAGGCCAUUGUUACAUUUUUACUUCAAGGACGCCUUGUGAUGACGGCAUUAUCUUGGAAUAAGUUUAUUGAAGCAUUGUACCCAGUCCUACCAGUUUUACAGGGCUUUGCAGACACAGAGGAAGCACUGGGCACUGCUAUCCUGACUUUAUGUGAGACAUCUGAGGGAGGGAAAGGAGCUUUACCUAAAACAACUCUCUUAAAAGCAGCACUGCGGUUUCUUUAUGCCAAAAAACUGACAUUACGGUCACUGGGUAUUAAGUGGUUAUUAGUCCACUUAAUGAAUGAUAAAAAGUCUAACUGCAAGCGCCCUGAAUUACAAGGAAGUAUUAUGUCUAAGGCUGUCAGUCUUUAUAUCACAGAGCGACCACUUGAGUUAAAGCUGGACAACAAGGGAAUAUCCUUUUUCAAGGCAGAGACUGUCAAGAAAGUGGCAGAAAUCUUUACUUCAGAAAAUGUGGACAUAGCACUUCGCAAAUCAGCAGCGGAACAGCUGGCAGUUAUAACACAAGAUAUGACAAUGCACAGUGUUGUUCAAGAACUGGGGAUUGUGGAAAAGAUAAGGAACAUUUUGCAGAAUUGUGUGCACCAAGAUGGAAAGGCUUUUGAGUGUUUAAUUUUGCCAUGUUUAACACUCCUACGAAAGUUGCUGUAUGCCAAUUCUGUAUUGCGUCUGUCAUUGGCACAGGAUCCAAAUUUCCUUAUUACAUUAUUCAGAGUGUCCCUGCUUUUGCAAACUGAUGGUGCAUUAUUGGUUGAAUCGGGAGCUGUGAUAUGCUUGCUUCUGUUUGAUGAAAUAUCAAGAAUGGACACAUGGUCAGAAAGUACAUCCAGCUCAUCACCUCCAUUUAGCUUGCCUGUAACUGUAGUUAGACAAUUCCACCUUCCUGUGAGUGUGAGUACUCAUCAUGCAGUGAGUCCAUACACUAUGUCUUCUCCUCUGUCCUCGGAAUGGAUAACAGUAAAGCCUGUAUCAGACAUGCUUCGCAUGGCGUGGAAUCUGUCCUGGUACCAAGGGAUAGAUAACUUCUUGUCAAAUCCAGAAAAAGAACCUGAAAAUUUUUUAGGUACAUUAAAAUUAUCCCCAGUAGAAGUUCUGACAUUGAAGAUGACACACUCAGCCAGUGGACUGCAAGAUUGCCUGAGUUAUAUCAUUCAGGCUGUGUCUCAUGGGGAAGUUCGCUCUGCUGUUGCUAGGAUGAAUUUUUAUCUCCUAAAUGACGGACUGGUUCUAAACUGCCUCACUGACUAUAACAUGUCUUCCUUGAAGUGUUUGCCUUGGCAUACUGCACUGAGCAGGUUUUUGCUGGUUCAACCAGCAUGUACUGAAGAUGAAAAGCUACUGGCAGAUGUGAUAAGUUUCCUAAACAAGAUCCUGAGAGAACAGAGUAGAAGCUCAGAUACGCAGGAUCUCCAAUGGAUACUAGAUAUGCUAUUUAAACAAAGUCCAAGUCCACUACUAGAUCUAAUCGUCCAGAAAGAGCAAACCGCCAAGAAGGACUUGGAUGAUACACAAGCAGCUGUGAGGCAGCAUCUGCAGAAAGAGCUGAUGGUGUUUUUUAACACGCUAAUGCUCUGUUUAGCUUCAGUUACUGAUCGGAAAUGUUUGAUUCUCGCUGGAUCAUUCAGGACACAACUAGCCCAGCAAUUGUUACACUGUUUGAAAGUGUCAGAUGCGCCACAUUUUUAUGGGCUUCCAUCUUUGGCCAGAACACUGAGAGGUAUGGUUCAUGUCACAUCAUUGCCAGGAUGGAGCUCACAUUGCCCACUGACAGAGCCAAUGACAACCUGUGUAAAGUUAUUGACCAGCCUUCUUGAGAUCAUCUCAUCGUUUUAUGUGGAAUGGGGAGGAAAUGCUCUUUCCUAUAUGGGGAAAGGUGUCACGAAGAGCACAGUAUUGUGUUUGCUUCACUUGUCCCAUGAGAUGACAGCUCAAGCCAGGAACACGGACUGGGUGCAUCUUUGGUCUUUGCCCUAUGAUCAGGGCAGUGAAGAGCAAGUCAUGCCACGACUGGGAUUGGAGUGGUUGAUACCUUUGUGGGUGGAUAGAGACCCAGAGGUGAGGUUUACGAGUCUAGGCAUUGGAUCAGCAUUGACAUCCAUUAAAGAAGGCUGUGUUAUAUUGUGUGACAGCUGUCAGAACAUUUCUGGAGGCUUAUGUGGAACAGUGCUCAGUAUCUUCCUCGACCAGUACGAAUGUAGCAUGGUGCGCAGAGAGGCUGCCUUUAUUCUUCAGAACAUGCUUGUUAUUCCAAUGCCGGAUAAUUCAGAAGAUUCUAGAGAGUCUAAUUUUCAGAUAUUGAGCAUACUUGAUGAGGAAACUGGAUUACCUUUGGCAGGAAAACCUGCACUUGAGGCUCUCUUGCGACAUUACCACUUCUAUGAACAUGUGAGCCAUAUGGCAAAAAACUGCUAUCUCGGACGUUAUAUUUUUGAUUUAGAUAAUUCCACAGUAGCAUCUAAAACCAUGCAAGAUGACAUUAAUUGCUCUGAAGAUUCCCUUUACAUUUGGAACAGCACAACUAGUGUUUCCAGCACAUCUGGUUCUGAAUCAACAUUAAGUACAAUAAUUUCCAAUGGAUCUUACUCUGCAAACAGCUCAGAAUACCUGGUUCCAGUCUCUGCUUCUCCUGUCUCUGAAAAUGUAUCUGACCAAAGACUGGAUCAAGGACAAAGCAAUAAAGCCAGGACAGCAUCGCUGAGCUCAGAAGAGAUUUGCGUUUCUGUGAGCAUGCCUGAUCAGUGUUCCUUAGUGACACCAUCCCUCUUGUCCGCUGUAUGUGGCUUGUUGGAGAAUCUGCUUGUAAUAAACCCAGAUGGAACUGUAAACGCAUUGUCAACGAACCAUUUGCUGACAGAUCUGGCCAGUCUCAUAAAGCCAGCUGUGCUAGAAAGAUGCUUUUCUGAUCUCAAGACUUCACUCACGCCUGAAGGUCGUGCAGGAAAUCUAAAGUCACAGGUGCUAGCUUUGCUUCAGUACCUGUCUUCAUUGUCCAGAUUUCUGCAGUCAUGCUUGCUAGUAAAUACUAGCUUAUUGAUUGAACAGGAACUAAUCAGGCAACUUCUGGCAACGUUAUCUUCACUGCUCUUUAUACACCAUAAAAAAACAUCAGAUGUUAAGCUUAAAACAGCACUUUACCAGUCAUGGACAGAUGUAUUUAUGUUGUUAACCUCCUUGUUAAGACAAAAUGGGCCAGUUGUUAUUUUUCACAUAACAGCAACUUUGACAAAACAUGGAAAUUCUUUCUUUGACACCAUAUCUGAAUGUGUAGCUCUAGCUGCAAAUCAUCCAAGUCUGUAUGCAGCAUGUCUCUAUUUUCUAUCUGCUCUGCUAGCAGAGGAAGGAAAUCCGCAACUUCAUGAGUCACAGUCAAGUACAACACUGAGUUUCAUUUUAGAUGGAAAUUUAAAAAUGGGAAAUAGCCUUUGCAAAAUCAUUUUACAGAGCUACGAUGAGAAAUCCUCAGAGGACCCUCUCAAACAAGCGUGUGCAAGUGCUUUAAUCUCACUAUUGGCUGUCAGCAGUAGUGCCCAGAUGUACAGUCUACAAGCUUACUUUAUAGAUUCUUGCGCUGAAAAGUUGAAAUAUAUUCAUGCACAGCUGACGCUCGAAUCCCUACGAACAGGAAAGUCUACACAGAGAAAAAAGGAAGAUAAUCUCUUCAAGCAGUUAAAAGUUACUCUGCAUCUUCUGAGAAACUGUAUUUAUAAAAAUGAAGAGUGCAAAACAGCAGCCCUGGAAUCUCAGUUUGCUUCUGUACUUCAUUCUCUUUGGCCAUGGCUUUUGAUGGAUGAUACGUUGAUGCAAGGUGCUUUACAAUUACUUUGUGUCUACACAGCAAACUUUCCUGCAGCAUGCAGUUCGCUAUGUUGGACAAACACUACAGUCACGACCAGCCAGCCUUCACAGAAAUCCCAAAUGAACAACUCGCUCUUGCACAGUGUGUUGAAGAUUGCCGCAGAACCUGUAUCCAGUGGCACCAACACACAACAGGUGGCAUUUGGUCUGCUUUCCAAUCUUGUUGGUACUCAGGACUGCAAGUGUAUCAUUCAGAAGAGCAAUUUCUUACAAAAUUUUCUAUCACUAUCAUUGCCGAAAGGAGGAAACAAGAACCUUGGUGUUAUGGCUAACCUAUGGCUUACAUUUUUAUGGAAUUUGUCAUUGGGAAAUGAUGGUCAGUUGAUGAUCAUGAAGUUGAAAGGAAGUUUAGAUCUUCUUCUAGAGAUUACAAAAUAUAAACAGAAAUGUAAAUUCCCUAUGGUCUUGCUAAUUUUGCAUAACAUCUGCUUCAAUCCAGCCAACAAACCCAAGAUACUGUCCAAUGAUAACAUUGUGGCUCUUUUUUGUGCCUGCCUGGAAAAUAACAAUAUCAAUACCCAAAGAAUAGGAGUAUCCGCAUUAUGGGCAUUGCUUCACAAUUAUCAGAAGGCAAAAGUGACCUUGAAAACUCCAUUGUUAAAAGGAAGAGUAGAGGAAGCUUUAUCUACAAUGAGGAAAUGCAAACAUAAGGAUGGGUUUGGUGUAGAAGAAAGACUUGAAGUUUAUCAUUUAAAAUGUCUGGAAAAUUUGGAUCAACUUCUUUCCAACUAACUUAUAAAAAAAAUAUAUAUGUACUUUACAUUAGAGAAAUCAGUAAUUAUAUCAGCAGCUUUUUCUAAACAGACCACCUUUAGUCAUUAGAAUACAUCAUGUGAACUGAAAUUAGUGUAUUCUACUUGCUGUCUGUAUUAUGUAAUUUGUUUUGUACAAUUGUUACAUAAAUAAUACAAACCCUACACUGAAUGUCAAGUUGACAUACAGGCCAAAUCCAAGAAGGUGAAUCACAAAACAUGGGACUAACAACAUUUUUGCAUUGACUGCUAUCCUUACAUUGACGGAAUUGCACAUUAAUUACGUGUUGUUGUUUUUUGUUUUUUUGUAAAUAUGGCUACUGUUCAAAAGAUUGCACAUUUUCUUUACAUAACUUGUUAAAAAAAAACAGUGCCUGAUUAAUAUACAUUAAAAGCAAGCUGUUUACAAGUGUGCUUUAUUCAAGAAAUAUCUAUGGUUUAUUAUUUUAAGUGUAAUUUUUAUUUUAUUUAUUGAUGUAAUAAAAUGUAUUUUUUAUGACA